AGGGAAGGAAAAUUCCGAAGAUGACCCUUUAAGCAGGCUUUGUGACAUACCUGGCCCUAAUGAUUCAUGGCCUUCAUCAAUUGAUGACUUAGAUUUGGAUACCAAGAAUGUCCCAAAAAUAGAUGUCACAAAGCUAAUAAAGACUUGUCCUCUUUGGCAAUCUACAGAAAUUCAACAAGCAAAAUAUUACAUUCAGAGACCAGAAAGUAAAACCUUGCUUGAGAGUAUCUCUGAGAAUCUUCCACAGAAGUAUGCUGGUCAUUCACCUGGGGCUGCAGAUCAAAGAGGAAAAAAUAUAGUAAAUGGGCAAGGAGAAGGUUUGUCAGCAGAACAAGACUUUAAAAUGACAGCAGAGGAAGAGCAAGAAAAACUUGAUGGAAAUGAAAAUAAGGAGCCACAGGAUAAAGUUACUUUAAAAACAGCCACCCCUACAGAAAAGACAUCUGAGAAUCAAACCAAGCAAAUUAAUCUCCCACUUUUGCAAGUGCAAAAAAUGUCUCAAGACCCAGAAAUGAAUAAGGAUCGUAAUAGAGAGGACAUACCUGUAUAUCCAGGACAACCUUUCAUGCAGAAGUAUGAGGGGGGGUGGAUACAACAAGAAAAAUUAGAGUGGAAGAAUAACUCACAAGUCAUCACCAGUGAGUUAAAGCAGAGAUUUGGUGAAAUUCGUGAAAAGUACAGAAUUGCUGCUUGUUCUGAGGAAGAGCCACUACGUGAUAACUCUAAAGGAGAAGCAGAUUUAAAGAAAAUCCCCUCUAAUUUGACAAAUGAUAUGCUCGAUUGUGAAGGGAAAGAUGCAUUUGGAUUCUCUGGAGUACUCCAGGCAUUUCCUGAACAAAAAGAAGACCCCAGUCUUAAAAAUAUCUUUCCACCUCAUUCACACUCUGGGUCCCCAGAAUAUGCUUGCCAGUCAUCUUCUAAGCUUUAUUUAAAUGAAAAUGAAUUAGACCAUGAAAAUAACAAACCAGACACCGAGUUUGUUUUUAACACAAAUGAGAAUUUGUGUAAUGAUACAGAAAAUAAAAAAGGAAGGAACCAAGAAGUAGUUACAGUUGAAGUGAAAGAAGACCAAGAGUUUGAUAUGCAGAUGACAAAAAACAUGAUCCAAAAUACCACUGAUGGGGAGUUAGACAUUGGCCAUGUGCCCCAGUCUAGUGAUCCAAAAAGCCUUUCUGAUGUGUGGCUUACCCACUCCAGUGAAAUGAAGCAUAUGUCUCAAAUAAAAGGACAGAGGACUGCUGUUACAGAGCCUUACAAGAAAGCAAAACUGACAAAGCACUUGUUCCAGAAUAGCAGUCCUGCCUUGAGUAUGAUGGAAUUGAAGAAAAAUGAAAAAGAAAUAUGGACCUCAGAAGACUCUGUGAUUGUACCGAUGUUGGAGAAGGCCAAUUUGCUAACUGGUGGUCCACUCCAAGUGAAUGGUAACAGCCGCUUAGGUAAAAUAGAUCAGGAUGAAGGAAGAUUUGCCUUCAAACAAGAAAAGGAAAACAGAAGAGAUGCUGACAUAGUGUGUGACAGACUUAGAAACCUGCUACGAAGAACAGAAGAGCAGUGCAGUGCAGAUGCUGCAGCGAGACGACUCGAAGUGACUCUGAGGACACAAGAUGCAGAACCGAGGGCUGUCAGAGACAACUGGAAUCCGAUUUCUGAUAGUCAUACAGAAGAUCUGUGGCAUAAAAAUGACAUGUUGCAAGAUGAAAUUGCCAAGCUAAGACUGGAAAUAGACACAAUAAAAAAUCAAUACCAGGAGAAGGAGAAGAAAUAUUCCAGGGACAUUGAAAUUGUAAAAGAAAAGAGUGAUGACCUUCAAAAGAUAAUGAAACUAAAUGAGGAAACAUCAGCAAAAAAAAUAUUCCAGUACAUUGGACAGAUUCGUGUUCUGACAGAUGAGAAUAUGGUGCUAAAUUCUAAACUGGAGAAUGAAGAACAAAACAAGGAAAGACUGGAAACAGUAGUUGAAUCAUACCACUCUCGACUGCCUGCAGCUAUACAAGAUCAUGAUCAAAGUCAGAUAUCUGAAAGGGACCUAGAACUUGCUUUGCAGAAAGCUGAAGAUGAGUGUUUUCAUUUACAGGAAAAAAUGAAUUUUGAUUUGUCUAAACUAAAAGAUAAAAAUGAAUUUCUUUCUCAAAAACUUUCUAAAGCUGAAAGUAGAUCUAAUAGUCUAAAAAUUGAGUUCCAUCACACAAGAGAUGCUCUCAGAGAACAGACUUUGGUCUUAGAAGGUGUAAAAAGAGACCUAAGCCAAACACAGUGUCAAAUGAAGGAAACUGAACACAUGUAUCAUAAUGAACAAAGUAAAGUGAAUGAAUGCACUGGAAAGCAGCAAUCUGUAGAGGAGAGAUUAUCACAACUACAACAUGAAAAUGUGUUGCUUCGACAGCAACUGGAUGAAGCUCGCAACAAAGCUGAUCAUAAAGAAAAGACAGUAAUUAAUAUCCAACACCAGUGUCACGAUAUUGUAAGAAAACCCCAAGCUCAGAGUAAAAAAGGAAGUCUCAUAGUAGAAGAGAGAAACAAGGAGUUAAUCAAUGAAUGUAAUCAUUCAGAAGAAAAACUGCAUCACUACGAAAACGAGAAAACAGAAAGAGAAGUAGCCGUAAGGCCAGUUCAACACAAGCUGGCUGAUACUCUUAAAAAACAGCCUACGUCAGAGGCUUCACUGGAGGUUACAUCACGUCAUCAAAUUGAUUUAGAAGAUGAGACAAAAGAUUUAAAGAAGAGAUUAUGUGAACUCCAAAGUCAG